CCACAGUACUCGAACGAGCCGUCUCUAAGUUCCAUUCCGUCUCCGACCAAGGACGGCCUGGUCCGCCCCACCUCCGAGACCUCCUACCCUUCGUCUACCAGUGGUGAGGGCAGUGGGUGCUUGGAGAGCGCUGCGGGGCCGGCGUCUGGGCCCGUACCAGCUUUCCCCGCCGUGCAGGAAGCAAACGGCAGCCUGGCCGCUGCUGCCGCCUCCGCUGGUGUUGGCGGGGGCGGGGGCAAGGGUGGGGCCCGGGGCGGGGGGGGGGCCGGGGCCCCGAUCUGGCGGCGGCGAAACGCGUUUGUGGAGUGGGCGAACACGAUGCAUCACGAAAUGGUGGUUGAAGAGCAGCCGCCUGGCGGAAGCAGCGCGAGUGGUGGCGGUGGCGGUGGCAGUGGCAGUGGCAACGGUAGCGGCAGUGGUGUCCCUGGCGGAGGUAUGCCUGGACAUGGCAACACGAUGGCAGGCGGGGCAGGCGGCACAGAGCAGCACGCGUCAUCAUCAUCGGGCUACAAUGUUCCCUUGGCGCUUGCAGCGGACACGCUGCCACCGGAGGGUGUGCAGUUCCAGUAUGCGCCGGUGUGUGGCGCCGUGUAUGGUUUGCAAGGCCAGGUGACACUGGCACCCGCAUGCUGCCUGGGCUCGCUGCGGGUUGUUCCCCCGGCCGCCAUGCACACCCGCGGCAUGAGCACCGACACACAAGGGACGAGCGCCGGCAGCACCGCGGCGUCGGGGAGCAGUAGCAUGUACUUCUCCGUCCCAGUCAGUAACAGCCCCCUUCACGGGGGUGCAGCCACUGGCGCCGCUGGCGGGGGCGACCUUGUGACGGGUUCAGCGGGGGCCAUGUGGCGUUCUGUCGCGUCAGCAAUAGCUGGCGGCGGCGGUGGCGGUGGUGGCGCCGGCGGCGGCGGCGAUUUCGAUAUGACUUGGACUGAGCUGAACUACGACAGCCAGGCCAUGAUGGUGUUGCCGCCGCCGCCACCUGUGGGGACUAUGGGGGUGGCGGGGUCCCCUGCAAUGCUGCAGCGACGCGACCACUCUCGGAACAGCAGCCGCACGGCCAGCGGCGGCUCAAGCCAUGCAGGCGUAUCGAGGCCGCCCUCGCAGCCGUGCCCAGAGUCACCCGUGUUUGCCUUGCAGCAAUUUGGUUCGGGGGGAAGCGGCUCGGCUGGCGGUGUUGGUGUUGGUGUUGGUGGCGAUGGCGGUGGCGGCGGCGGAGGGCCAUUAUACCCAGCGACUGCUAGCGCCCUGGCGACGGCUGCUGCCGCCGCAGCGGCGCAGCCGUACUAUCCCUCUCACCAGCGUGCGCAGUCUGGUGGCGAGUCGUCUGGCAGGUCGUGA